GAAGUAUGAGCCAUCUUGAUUUCUUCGUAAGGUCGACUGGACGCCUAAAAAUAGCCAAAUUAUCAUACUGCUAUUUGAGACAUAAACUCACGUAUUCUGAUCGUGGCAUCCUAGAAGGCAGUCGAGAUUUCAUUGAUUAUUCAACUCUUGGGCAAUUGCACAGCAUCUUACGCAUUGUACGUCCAGACAAGGUUGAAUGGACCAAAUGCAUAGAUGACAAGCAGUUCUGUCCUGAGAAACCUUUAAUGUCCCGCCCAAACACACUGGCAGCAGCUGAUGGCUUUCCGAUCUGUUGUGAUGUGAUCAUGGACGACAUCUUGGCUGCAACAGUGGAUGCUAUGAAUCAAAUUGGAAUGGAUUAUCGCAUUGUGUAUGGUACGCUCCUUGGUGCAGUGAGAAGUCAGGCAUUCAUUCCGUACUCUGAUGAUGUCGAUGUCGCAAUUCACAAGGCCGACAAUGACAGAUAUGACAACUUCUUGCUGAUACAGCAGAUCUUGGGUCCCAAGUACUUUGUGGCAUGGAAAACAAAUCCCCCUGUCUCCAGAGUUUAUCCACACUAUGCUCCAAUGAUUGCAGUAGAUACUCAGCGGCAUUUCAAAGAUGAUAGUCUUGAAAGCCCUUCUCUCUUCGACACCAAGAUCCUCAAAGAAAUGGAGAAACUAUUGCCUGUGAAAAACAUCCUACUGGAACAACGCUAUGUUGAUCUUUACCCCUCCCCUGAGGAUUGGUUUGGCAAAUCCACUGAAGUCACCAUAAACAAUCGACACUAUCUUGGCCUGUCAGAUAAUGUAGACAAGUUCAUUAGAAGUUGGUAUGGAGAUGAUUACAUGAAGAUGAGACCUGAGCUACAUUCUCAGACCACACUUCAGACAAACUAGCUCCACUUGAAGGAACAGAAUACUGUUUUCAAUAAAUCUUUGUAGUCGAAAAGCAUUAUUGAUUCAUAUCAUCCAAUCAGAAAACAGUAAAACAGCUCAAAAACUGAACACCUGCCUUAAAAUGGAAUUUUGACCACAGAAAACUAGUACUCCUCCACUUGCUGCACAGGGUCCCCACUUCCUAGAUAGCAGCCCAAUAUUAUUAUCCCUUGAUGAAGGAACUCAUUGUCACCUGAAUCACCUCUGCCCAGUGGUACGAGUUCUGGUUGGAGUGUUGAUGCCCCCAAUCUACACUCUUCACGGUAAAGUAGUCCAUUUGCUGAAUCUCUGAUCGUGCCAUGGUACAGAACACUAGAUAGCUUUGAAGUAACCUUGCAGUCCAGAGCAAGAGGUGGUGCAGACCAGAUACUCCAGGCAUGGUGCGAGAUGUUUACUGAACAUUAGUGAACUAUUUGUUUAACUUUUCGCAGACAGAAAUAUUUUGGAUAGAAUACUAUACAGUAAUUGGAAUUUAUGGUCUUCAGUGAACUAGAAAUAUUUAAUGAUUGUAUUAAAUUUAGGACUUCCAAAACUUAAGUGACCAGUCAAUUUUUUGAAAUAAUAAACCUGUUCUUUUUGUGGCCUCCCUACUUGACUUAUUCAGGUAUUCGUAUUAUGCUUAAUUAUUAAAUUGAAAAAUUAAUAUUUGGCACAAGAUAUAUUUACUACUGCUGCAAUUUUAUAUAAAGUUACAAGUUAUGUUAUUUGGAAUGUAUAUAGUGUGACUGUAGUUCUUAAUAGCUAUUUCAUUAACUGUUGCAUUUCAGCACAGUGUAUUGUGGCCAAGGGCCUUCUCUGCUUCAUUAAAGCAGUUAUUCCAUCACCUUAACCUUCUUAUGACACCUGCAACAGACAUUAUGGUUUCAAUUGAGAACACUGAGUGUGGAAUCUGUAUUAGAAGUAACCAUGACUACAGUCUAUGUUAGUUACCACGCUCAUAACUAUUGUUUAUUGAAUUGUAUUUUUCAUUCCCGUAGUUUAGAAAAUAUUAAUAAAAUGUUCAAGUUGAAA